UAAACUGACAGCUUGUUCAUCGUUUUUUUUCUAAAUUCCAAAAAAUAUAAAUGAAUGAGCUAGGGGGUAAAGCCAAUGCCUCCAUGGAAAAUUCUUUAUCCAAUGGGUCAAAAGAUAGUUAUAAAAUAAAAAAUGAAAAUGAAAAUCAAAUACAAGAAAGGGGUAUAUGGGCACAUAAAUUUGAGUUUCUUUUAUCAUGCUUAGGAUAUGCUGUUGGAUUUGGUAAUAUUUGGAGAUUUCCCUUUAAAUGCUAUGAUAAUGGGGGAGGAGCCUUUAUGAUUCCUUACCUUUUCGCCCUUUUAGCGGCGGGCCUACCCUUGUUCCUGAUGGAGUUAGCCCUUGGUCAAUAUUCUUCUCUCGGUCCUGUCAAGCUAUUUCGAAAGCUCAGCCCGGCUUUCACUGGUGUUGGGAUGGCUAUGGUGGUCGUUUCCUUACUGGUCUCCAUCUAUUACAAUAUGAUAUUGGCUUGGACGCUCUUCUACCUUGUCAAUUCUUUCACAGCAGUCCUACCCUGGUCCCAUUGCGACAAUUGGUGGAAUACGGCCAAUUGUUUCGACUCCUUCAAAGCCCGAGAAUGUUCCAGCGAAAAUACGACCUACUUCAAAGGACAUUGUUUUAACGUGUCGCGUAAUCAAUCAGAUUCAUACGAUAUUGGUAGGAAGGACUCUCCCGCUGAAGAAUAUUUCAAUAAUAGGAUGCUCAAGAUGUCGGAUGGCUUCGAAAAUAUGGGCCAAGUUCAGUGGGAGCUACUGCUUUGCUUAUUUUUUGCUUGGUGUGGCGUAUUCUUUUGUCUCAUGCAGGGCAUCAAAACUACUGGCAAAGUCGUCUACUUUACGGCCUUAUUCCCCUAUAUCGUACUCAUCAUACUGCUAGGGAGGGCCGUCACUUUACAGGGCGUGACAGAUGGAUUGAUUUAUUACGUGAAGCCUGAUUGGGAGAAAUUAAUUCAUUUUAAAGUAUGGAAAGAGGCCUUUCUCCAAAUAUUUUACUCGCUUGGUCCCGCAUUCGGCAGCUUGAUGACGAUCUCUAGCUAUAACUCUUUUCAUCACGAUUUUUACAAGGACGGCUUGAUAGUGGGCAUGCUCAAUUCGGCUACCAGCAUUUUCGCGGGAUUUGUUGUCUUUUCUAUACUCGGCUUUAUGGCUCACGAACUGAAUACUUCGGUUGAUAAGGUUAUCCGAUCCGGGCACGCUCUGGCUUUCGUGGCUUACCCCACCGCUAUAACUCGAUUAGCGUGGUCUCCCUUUUGGAGCGUGCUUUUCUUCCUUAUGCUAGUCACGAUAGGAUUGGAUAGUCAAUUCGCUAUGGUAGAGACCGUUCUCACAACGUUAUACGAUGGAUGGCCUCGUGCUCUUAGACCCCGCAAGAUUCUGGUGAGUGCCAGCAUUUGUUUCUUGUUUUUCCUCAUUGGAAUUCCUCAGACCAUGAACGGGGGCAUAUACCUGUUUUCACUCAUAGAUAAUUACUCGGCUGGUUGGCCCCUGCUAUUCAUCAGCCUUAUCCAAUGCGCCAUCGUUUCGUACAUUUACGGAAUUGAAAGAUUUCUAAACGAUAUCGAAACCAUGUUAGGAUACAAGGUCAACUUUUGGUGGAAGCUGUGCUGGAAAUACAUCUCCCCGGUCAGCAUACUGAUCCUUUUGUUAUAUGAUUGGGCCUCCAGUACGGGUCUCACUUAUGGGAACUACUACACAUUCCCGCCUGCGGCCAUAGGCUUGGGUUGGUCCAUGGCCCUUUUAUCUGUUUCCUUCAUUCCCGGAUUUUUAAUUUACAAAUACAUCGCUUUCAUCGUCAAAAAUAACGUACAGGAUACCGACGAACCCAACAUUGAUAUCAAGGGUAAAAGAAUAUGGAACUCCGAUUUCAGGAAACUCUUUUUAGCCAAGAAGGACUGGAAUAAGGACAAGGGACUCGCGACUAAUACGCAAAUUAACCAAAGUUUUAGCAUGGAAUAAUCUGCGAAUGUGAUCUUUCUUGUUUGUCAACCCCCCCCCCCCUCCCCCCAUGUUUAAAAACAAUUAAGAUUUUGAUCUUGUUCGAAAUAUAGGGAAUUCAUUUUUUCUUUCUUUUUACAACUGAUGUAAAUUGAUAGGUGUAUUAUAUAAACUCAAAUUAUGUCAAAUCAAUAUAUUUUUUUUAUACAAGGGGCUUUAUUUGAGGUUUCAUAAUACUAUUCGUAUAUCUUUCCAAUAUGUGAUAAAUCAGUAUUAAAGUUGAGUUAUAAUUAUAAGUAUUAAUAACGAUACGGGUGCCAACGUUGUAUUAGAAAAAAAAUCGUAUUUCUAUUUUUUUAAAAUCGUUUUUAUCGAACAUAUAUAUUUACAUUUUAAUUCCAGUUUGGUUGCAAUGAUUUUAGAUGAUAAUAAUUAUAUUGAAUAUUCUACGAACUCAUAAAAAUAUCGCACUUGUAAAUUUUAGAAUUGUAAAAAUAUCGCGGAUG